ACCAAUCUUUUCUUCACAAAACCAAUAAAUUCUUUUCUUGGAAAAUGCACGAAAGCACUAUUUCUUUGUUCUAAUCCAAUAUUUACUGUGGAACUCCAGCUUUCAUGCUAUAAAUACAAGGUCCAUCAUCCCCAUUAUAUUGCACAAAAAAAACUAGAGAGAGAAAAGAAGAGAGGCCCUUAUUGGAGAUGAGAUCUGCCACCAACUCAACAGCAGUAGAUGGUACUCAUGGGGGAUUCUGGCAUUGGAAUUCACCAGUUGUUUACUUCUUUGCCGGUCUAGCGUUCAUUCUGGGGCUAAUCACAGUUGCACUGAUCAUUCUUGCUUGCUCCUACAGAAAAUCUUUGUCCAGUUCAUCAAGAAGCGAGGCUGAAGAUGAAAAACCAGCAAAACUUGAGGGAAUUCAGGUGGAUCUUGAGCCAAAGAUUGCUGUAAUCAUGCCUGGGGAUGAGAAUCCUACAUACUUGCUCAAGCCUGUCUCUUGGAAUUGUCCCAGCGAACAAGUUUAGGCUCCCAAGCAUCUAGAUUCAAAUAGGAAAUGAAGACACCGUCCUUUUGUAGUUCUCUUUAAUUUGUAUCGUAGUGUAAUUCUGUUUGUGCUUUUGUUUCAUUUUUUUUUUUUGAAAUUUACGGGAAUAUCUAAAAUCACGAGUAUAGAAAUCAAACGUUGGUAAUUAAUUA